GUUUUUGUGCAUUUUGUUGGUUUGGUUGGUGAACUAACUAACUGGUGCUGGUGAGGCACUACAGAAACAACGGUAUACACGCGACCGACGACAUAAAUGGGCGACAAAACUUUCGGUCGUAUUUAAAGUCAGUCUUAACAGUUCUACCGCAGUGGCAAGACGUUUUUCCAGUGAAUUUUCCACAACAACAAAUUUGCAUUUGUACACAAUUUUUUUUUUUGAAAUACACACCACACACAAUUAUAAAUUCAACACACACACACGAGUAGUUUUUGUCGUUUUGUCACCACACUAUUUAUUGGAUUUCCUAUAUGAGAGAUUUUCAAUUUUCCUAGUUUCUUCGAUUUUUCAUCAAAAUCGUUUGGUUCUUCCGUGAGAUUUGGAGUGUCUUCCGUUCGUCGUUGGUGUCGUUGUUGUUUUGGGUCGUUUUUUUUUUUGUACCUAUCUCAUCCGGUGUAUGUUUUGUGUUCAAUUUUUACUGUAAAAGUAUUCUGAAUGAUUUGAAAGAUACUUAAUCUAUCUUUUGGAUGCCUAUGCCUAUCUUAUCGUUCGAUUAAAGAAAAUAAAAAAAAAAAGGGUUAGGUACUUUUGAUUUGUGUGUUUUUCUUUUUGUAUUUUAUCGGUUUUUCCAUUUUGCACUGGCCGGUUUGGGUGUGUGUGUUAGUUUUUGGAAAAUGUUCAGACUUUUCCUCCGAUAUCGAAACUUUAUAACGAAUGAAUUUUGUAUCUUUGAAUGUGGGUCGACGAGAAUCGAGGGUGAUUUACUGUGAAGUUUUUUUAAACUUAAGAAAAAUUUAUUUUGAAUUAAUGUAUCCUUUUGAUGGAUGACAAGAAAAUUAAAGAUUAAGUGCAAAAGUUUGUCUUGAAAAGGAAUAAAAUAAUAAAGUGAAUUUUUAUAUUGAAAAAUAUUAUUACAUGGUGACCCUUCAAGGAUUACACAAGCUCUUUUAUAUAAGGAAUAAAUUAUGUUAAAUGAUCAUCGCCGAAUGAAUGUCGAAUCAGCUAAGACUGCUUAUUUUUAUUGUGGUGAUUUCGGGUGCAUUAUGUACAGCACAAGAUUAUGUAAUAAUGUCACAGUGUGCACACAACAAAGCCAUAUACCUAGCUCCAGAAGGAAAAGUUUCUGUCACAGACAUUCCAAUGACACAAAAUAUAACGAUAGCCGGCACAACAGACUUCUGGUCCACGCAAGUGUUCAAAAUAACGCUGUACGCAAAAGAGACACAAAUGUAUCUUUGUUUCAACAGCAAUUGGAAACUUGUUGGAAUGAGAAAACUACAAGAAACCUGCUACUUCAACGAGUCCAUUGUACACGGUUAUUUCGAAUAUCGGUCGGCUGUCGAUCCAAACCGCCGCGUCGGUUUCACACACCGAGGUAAAGCAAUUGGACCCAAAAAGAAUGUCACAGAUGCCUGUUAUUUCUUUACGAAAAUUGAAGCCGAUCGAUUUUUUCAUCAAUAUACAAAUGGCUUCAAUCCGCACCAUCAUCACCACACAUUUCCAUCUUCAUCAUCAUCUGCUCCUUCAUCUGCAUCAACAUUUUCUUCCUCUAAUAAGAGACUGUCAAAGUCUGGUAAGUCAGUAUCAGGUAAACUAACAUCAUCAUCAGUCUCUUCUUCAUCAUCAUCAACAUCAUCAUUAUCAUCACCGUCAAAAGCUAGUAGCCUAGUCGGUGGUGGUGGAGGAAAUGUAGCUAGCUCUGAAGGAAGUGGACAGUCAGCAUCAGCAGCAUUACCACGCGGCAGGAAUCGCAUGGUAACUGGUGGAAGUAGCGGAGAUGGAGGAGCAACUGCUGCCCGGAACCGUGGCAGUGCCACCGUCACUCGAAAACCAAACGGCCAUAAUAGCAACCUAAGUAAUAGCAGUACCAGUAAUAGUCGUAGAGGAAAUAAUAAUUUAAGUAGCACUAAUAUAAAUCAUAGAAAUCAUCAUAACCACAACAACAGCCACAACAACUAUGUACAGCAACAGCCAGCCACACAGUUACACAACAUACAUCAGCAUCCACAAUCGGCACAGCACCAUCAAGUACGUCAUCAUCAUAACGAUCCUAAUUUCAUUGCUCGGCGUCAGCAAUAUCAGCGCGACCACCACAAAGUGCAACGAUUACGUAAUCAUCAACAACAACAACAGCAAUCAACGAAUAGCAUGCAACGAAUGACGUCAUCUGAGGUGUCAUCAUUGCCAGCACCAAUGUCUUCACCGAUGUCACCAUCACCGGUGUUAUCGUCAAUAUCCUCGCUGUCACUAUCGAUGGCUGGUUCAUCGCCAGUCGGUGCUUUUGUGUUGCCGCCACCAACAUUAGCUAGUGACGAUGUUGCUAUAUCAGUCUCAGCAAUGCCAGGCCGUCGAAAGGUGAGACGAAAAAAAAUCAAUAGCAAGCAACGUCAACAAGUGACAAAUAAUGCAGCAAAAGAUCCAAAACAUAGACGUGCCUCAAAACAGAAACAAAAGUCGUUUAACAGUUCAUCAUCAUCGACGACCCCAGCAACCAGCUCGAGUACAGAAGAAGAUGAAGAUAAUCUCGUUUCAUCCGAUUCAUCUUCAUCAUUGGCAUCAUCGGCAUCAACAAAAAUGGUUGAAGAUAUGGUGUCGCCAUCGAUGUCAUCUGCUGUCGGUGUACCAUCAUCAUCGACAGUUUUUUCAUCUACAACUUAUACCUCAUAUUCACCAUCAUCGGAUGAAUCUGUUUCAUCAUCAAGUGAACCAACACAAACGUCACUUUCCGAUGAAUCAAUGUCUUCAUCUUCAUCAACAUCAACAUCCAUUAAUCCGUCUCCUUCAACCUUAUCUGAAUCUUUUUCAUCAACCUCCAUAUAUCCGUGGUCUACCACUUCACUAGAUGAUUCAUCAUCAUCAUCAUUAUCGUUCGAUGAACUAUUACCAACACCACAAUUGGGCGAUGAAUUGAUGGCGAUGGUGAUGGAACCUAUUGAUGGCAAUGACAGAACUGGUGGCACUUCUACCUCGACCGAUGAUUACAAUAGUAGUAGUAGUAGCAGUUUUAGUACUGAUUCCAGUGAUGGUACCACCAGAAGCAGUAGCAACAGUGAUGGAACUAGUGAAAGUAGUAGCAUUAGUACAAUCGAUAAUGCGGCUAUUAGUUACCGCAAUCACAACGAUCAAUACUCGAAAGACGACGACGACGACGAUGACGAGGCAAGUUCAAUGCCUGUCUUGCCAAACAAUUUGGAUAAUAGUAUGACUGAAUACCUAUAUAGUACUAGUAGUAGUAAUAGGCAUAGAAAUAUAAACAAUAGUAAUUUUAAAAAGUAUUACCACAAUGGCAAUAUGGGCAUUGAGAAACUCAAUCGCAGUAGUAGUAAAAAGUUACCAACAAAUUUUAAUAUCAACAAUAAUAAUGCUGGUAGUAGUGACAUUACCUCCAGUAGUAGUGUAACAUCAACAAUUCUUGCAACAGCAGCAACAACAACAACAACAACAAAUCAUAGAAAUAAUUAUAAUAUUAGUAGUUAUUUAAAUAUAAACAAUACUAGUAGUAGAAAUAGUGGUAGUAGGAAAACAAAUAAUAGAAAACACAAUGUUGAUAGAUUGUCAUUAUCAACUGAACAAACAACAACACCAACAACUUCAACAACAACUAUUAGCAACAACAAUAACAACAAUUUUGAUGAAAAUGUUACUCAUAGUACUAACAAUAAUAAUCAACAACAUAGCAGUUACUAUAGCACUAGCAGCACCAAAAUCAAUAAAAACUUACACAAUAGCAAUUUGUUGGAUAGUGAAACAAAAAAGUAUUAUAGUAAAAAAUCUACUACAAUUUCAACUACAAUUUCUACUACUACUCAUUCUACUCCUCCUUCUUCUCCAACUGUUCUUGCUCCUCAACAACAACAACAACAACAACAACAACAACUAUUAUCAACUAGUGCAUCAAACAACAACGCAGCAGUAUCAACAGCAGCAACAACAUAUGCAACAUCAAAAUUAAUAUCAAAUAGUAAAACAACAUUAAUGGCAACACCAUCAUUUCCUAUGACAGCUAAGAAGACAGCCAUUACAAUGGGUAAUAAUUUAAAUCGUAGCAAGGUGAAUAAUAAUUUCUAUGCUGGUGAAAUUGUUGAAGGAACAUACGAUGCUAUGGCCGAUAUGGAUGAUGUUAUUUCCGGUAAUGGAGGUACUGGUAAAUUGGUGGCAGUUGGUUAUUUACCAACAACAGCAUCAUUGUCAUCAUUGCCAGAAUCAAUUAGAAUAGCAAAAAUCAAAAUUAAUCGAGAACGUCGAAAUCGAUUGAGAAGAAAAUUGCACAUAGGAUCUUAAAUUUAAAUGUUUUUGUUUUGUCAAUUUGAUUUUAAUUUUUUAUAAAUUGAUUUUUUAUUUUCAUUAUUUAUUGCAACAAAUGCGCAUACUUACAUACAAACAAAAAAAGUUAAAAAAAAAAAAAUAAAUAAAUAGGUGAAUAAAAUAAAAUUAAACAAAAAUAAAAGAAAAAAAAAUUAUCUGUGGAGAAAAAUAAAACUAUGAAAAUAUGUAAGAAAUAAAUUCUUUUGCUAUGUGAUUGGGAUAUGAAAGAUAGAUGAAAUGCAGGUUUUUUUUAUAUAUUUUUAACAUUUUUCUUACGUACUUAAUAUGUACCUAUUUGAAUCUCAAACGUAUUUGUUAUCUUUUAAAAAUAAUUUGUUGUUGCUUGAAAAAAAGUGAACUCCUCACCUAUAUGCCAAAAAAACAAUGUGAAGU